UCUUCCAGCAUUGCUAUUUCCCAAUCACUCCGAGUAAAGGCUGCAGAAGUUCCUUAAACGGACUUUUAAACACCUCAGGUUACAGUCGCCAUCAUGCUAAGGGUCAGAGGAGUAUGACAUCGAGGGGCAUUCUCUGUAGAGCUGCUGAAUUCAAGAAACCUGUGUUGUAGUGUACAGUGAAGUGGUGUAUUCCGUGUGGUCAUGGAGGGGUUUUGGGCUGUGUUUUUCCCUGUGCUGAGGAUCUGGUUCACCUGUGUGGUGGUCCUGAUAAUGCUCCCUGCCAUGUUUGGCAUCUCUCUAGGCAUCACAGAGACCUACAUGAAGCUCCUUAUCAAAUCCUUAGAGUGGGCAACACACAGAAUACAAAGAGCGAGUAGAGCAGAGGAAAUACUGAAACAUUCUGCAUCAAAUGGUUUGAUUCAGAGAGAAAAUUCCUCUUUGGAGCAGGAGAUUGAGGAGUUACGUCGGAACAGGCCGAAGUCGUCCGAGCGCGGAGACUUCACUCUGAGCGACGUCCUGUACUUCACCAGGACAGGCAUCGAGAGCAUAGUGGAAGACGACGUCACGCAGAGAUUCACCUCAGAGGAGCUGGUGUCCUGGAACCUCCUCACCAGGACCAACAACAACUUCCAGUACAUCUCUCUCAGGCUCUCUGUACUGUGGGGGGUUGGCGUGGUUGUGAGAUACUGCAUAUUGCUUCCUCUACGGGUUACACUGGCAGCUAUAGGGUUAAGCUGGUUGGUAAUUGGCACAACAAUGGUGGGAUUCCUCCCUAACUUCAGAGUGAAGGGUUGGUUGAGUGAACUAGUCCACGUGAUGUGCUACAGGAUCUGUGCAAGAGGCCUUUCAGCUACUAUUCAUUACCACAACAAACAGAACAGACCUAAGAGAGGAGGCAUUUGUGUAGCUAAUCACACUUCGCCAAUUGAUGUCGUUAUUCUGGCUAAUGACGGCUGUUACGCCAUGGUAGGGCAGGUUCAUGGUGGUUUAAUGGGAGUUGUCCAGCGAGCUAUGGAGCGAUCUUGCCCUCACAUCUGGUUUGAGAGAGCGCAGAUGAAAGACCGCCACCUGGUGACACAAAGGUUAAAAGAUCACGUAAAUGUCAAAACAAAGCUGCCAAUCCUCAUCUUCCCUGAGGGAACGUGCAUCAAUAAUACAUCAGUAAUGAUGUUUAAGAAGGGAAGUUUUGAAAUUGGAGGACCUAUUUACCCCGUGGCUAUAAAGUACGACCCUCAGUUUGGAGAUGCAUUUUGGAACAGCAGCAAAUAUAGCAUGGUGAGCUAUUUGCUGCGGAUGAUGACGAGCUGGGCGAUAGUGUGCAACGUCUGGUAUCUGCCUCCAAUGACACAGCAGGAAGGGGAGGAUGCUGUGCAGUUUGCCAACAGGGUGAAAUCAACCAUUGCACAACAGGGAGGUUUAGUGGACUUGGCCUGGGAUGGCGGUCUGAAGAGGGCAAAGGUGAAGGAUGAGCUCAAGGAACAACAGCAGAAGAAGUACAGCCACAUGGUAGUGGGCGAUGACAGCAGCGACUGAACACACACACACACACACACACACACACACCAAUGAACAAAGGGCUUCAUAUUCUCAGUCACCAAUCACUGGAAAUAUGUGACUUGUUGAUAAACGAACAGGGGGGACUUUUAUACUGCUGCUAUAAUACAGUUUAAAUAUGUUAAUAAAUUAAGUUUAAAAAUAAAUGGAAAUACAUUUUUUUUAUUGCAAAUGCUAUAGAUCCCAGUGUCAUAUGAGUUUUAUUUGGGUGAAAAAGCUUUUUGUGUAAAAUAUGUAAAAAGGAUAAAAUUGUAAAUGCAUGAUUGGGGUUAAUAUUCAGUUCAGUGUAUGCUAAUUUAUUUCUCAAAUAAACUUUUGUGCUUUUUCUAA